GUUUUGUAAUCGUCGUUCAAGUGGUCAACACGAAAAAAAUGUUUGCUGUUGUGGAGUUUGCCAAUUCUAAGAAGACUACAAAUGAAAUUGCAGUGGUUCCAUUGACAUGGAUAUACAAAAAUGAAAGAAAGUGCUAUUGGCCUACAAAACUAGGAAAUAAGAAAUUCGAUGAUUUUGUGAAGAGUCAAGGAAGUUAUAAAAAAUCAUGGCCUUCAUAUAAAAUUUUUAAAAUUCACUUUAAAACAGAUGAUUAUGAUGCCGCAGAGGACAAAUUGAACCAAAUAAUUUACCAAACUGAGGACAGUGGAGCAAGUACUGCUUCCUCUACAAAAUCGUUAGUUAGAAAACACCAUCAAGAACCAGAAACGACCUCAUCGUCUUCUGAUUCAGAGUUAGAAACAUAUACGACACCAAAACGUGCACAUAUGACGCUACCAGGACCAAGCCAGGUUUCACCAAGUCCGAAUAUAUCAACUUUGAUUAGGGAAGACUGUACCCCUACAUCAAACAAAUCAACCUCAUCAUUUACUGAAUUUGUAUCAGAUUUUCAAAGCACUGUAUUACAAUCAUUAACCAGAUUAACAGAAAAUGUGGAUCAACAUUCGAUUAUGCUAAAUGAGAUUGUGAGAUCUCUAAGAACUAGUAAUGAAACAUCUGUGACGCCUCCAGCGGACGAGGACAUGCCUAAAUUUCCAAUAGGUACCCUGCAAGAAUUCCAAGGAUUCGACAAUAAAAUUAUUGAGAACAAACAAAUUAGACAGUAUAUGGUAUCACGACUUGCAGCUGUAGGGGGCUCAGGGUUGGAAUCUUUAACUAGAAGAAUUUUAAAAUAUUUAAUAACAAACGAGGUUGGAUGUUUAUUCAACUGGAAAGGAAGAGACAAACUGUCUUUUGAAAAAACGGCUAUAAUGGAUGUAAUAUAUGAAGCUGCAAAAAAGAAUUUCCCACCCAAUGAGAGAAAUGAUCUCAUUAUUGCCAACUCGGUAAAAGAACGGUUGAAAUAUUCAAAGACGAGACAAUCCUACAAAAAAUCUGUAUAGAAAAUUAUUAUUAGAUGUGUUAGCUAUUAUAUAGGAUGGUCCUUUAAGUGUUUAAGUUUAUAAGUGUCCCUCUAACUCCUUUAUUAUAACAGAUAGAAAAAGACGAAAGUUUUAGUAAUUUGUAUGUAGUUCAUGGUGACAUUCUUAAAAUUUAAAUACUCUCACAUUUUGACUUGAGAAAAAGUAAGGUUUUCUUAACUGGACUACCCUGUAUAUUUUUAGAUUUUUGGAAUCUGCACAUUUUUCUUAAUCUAGUUAUGUAUUACGUCAUACAAUCCAUUCAGCAGUUUGACCAAUAUCGCGAUACAAAAACCCAACAGUUUUUUCAUUGAGAUGGCAAUGGAAACAAUAUGUAAUAAACAAUAUAUUGUCUAAUAACUAUAACAAUAACUAAUAAAUAUAUUACUAUUACUAUUACUAUAUUAUUAUUACUAUCGAAGAUGUGUGUGUAGAUUCUAAAAAUAAAAAAAUAUACCUACAGGGUUGUUCCUUACUUUUUUCAUACGUAAAAACGUGAAACUAUUUAAAUUCUAAACUACAUAAAAGUUAACUAAAACAUUUGUCUUAACAAUUUUUUUGUAUUGAUUAUAAUAAAGGAGGGGGUAACGCUUUUAAUACGGACCACC